UUUUUUUGAAAUAAUAUUUUUGAAGACAAUGAAUGAUCCGAAUAACUAUAGCACAGGUGCGCCACAGAGGCAUCCAAUGGGAGGAGGUGGCCCGAUGAUGUCCCCUAGCAACCAGAUGGGAAGACCCAUGGGCCAACAGAACUUCCAAAAUAGAGGAUAUGGACAGGGCCCACCAGGUCAUGGACAGUUUAGUACGAACAAUGCACCUCCUCAAAAUAUGAUGGGACACGGUAUGGGAGGCCCUCCUCCUCAAUCGGAGGCUCCAAAGCCCCCUAAACUCAAGGUUGAGCUGACUAACAGAGAGAGAGGAUAUUAUUCAAACAUGUUAUCAAAGAUGGAGCUUGGUAAAGCAGGAGAAGUCGAUAAAUAUGGCAACCGAGUAGAUGGUAAACAAGCUGUUACGUUUUUCAAGACUUCAGGAGUGAAUAUUGACACACUCAAAAUGAUUUAUAAGAUAUGAGCUAGAACUCAGGUUGAGUCUUUGAGUAGGGAUGAGUUUUAUACAGCAUUAAGAUUGAUCGCCUAUGCACAAAAUAAUAUCCCAGUUACUGAAGAUUCUAUCACCCAAAAUAUUGAAGUACCUUUACCUCAGUUUCAAGGUCAAGGCGGCUCUGGAGGCGGUAUGAACGGAGGAGGUAUGGGAGGGCCUCCUCCUCCCUCUAUUGCUGAUUCUCUCCCCGAUCUUGAUAACCUCAACGUUCAUGCAUUAAACCAAAAUCCAGAUGGAUCGUUGAUACCAGGGAUGGAUCAGAGAUUGAAACAAAGAGAAGUAGAAAAGGCUCAAGAGAAAAUGGAGAAAAAUCAAGAUUCACCAUGGUACCUUCGUCCAGAAGAUGUUCAAAAAUAUAACAGUUUCUUUGACCACUUCAAUAAAUCCGCUUCACCAACAUUAAGCAUGGACGAAACAAUGGGAGCAUUUAAGCAGACCCAGCUUGAUGACAGCACUCUUGAAACUAUCUGGGGAUUAGUUGACACAGAAGAAGCUGGGGAAUUUGACAGGAAAAUGUUCUGCAUGGCAAUGCAUCUCCUCUACAAAAUUAAGCUAGGCACACGACUUCCAACAUCAAUGCCUCAUGUGUUAAAGGCAUGAGUUACUUCCUACUUUUCUGGCCUGAGCAGCGAAGGAGGAAUGAGCAGUAUGAACACUGGUAGCUCUAUGGGAGGCAAUCCCCCAGCGAGGCCGAACAAUUCCAUGCCUCAGAACUCUGGGCCUCCGAAUAUGAACAAUAUGGGCCCUCCCAACCAGAAUAUGGGUAAGAGACCUCCUGAGAAUAGCAAGGCUGAGGAAGAUCCGUUUGCAAAAUCCUUAGGUGGAAAUCUGCUAGGAUCCGAUAAUGGACCCUCUAACAUGGGAAUGAUGGGAGCAAUGGGUAGAGACUCUAUUUCUUCUAGAGGAUCUAAUAAUAGUAUGGGCAUGAGCGGAGGCAUGCCGAAGCAAGCCCCUCCCAUGAACAACUCCCAGAAUAACCAAGUUAAAUCAAUGAUGGAAGGUACCAUAAGAGAGCAAGAAAGGAUGAUCCAGUCAAGGAAAGAUGACAUUGCCGGUCUGAAUGGCCAGUUUAAUGCUAAUAAUCAAUUGUUGAACUCAUUAAAGGAAAAAUCAGAGAGGCUAAGGAAGGAGCUCGACAAGCUGAAUAUUGAAUAUAAGAGUCUACAGGGGAAAGUCAACCAGCAAAACCAAGAGAUCAAGAAUGAAGUUAAUAAUAUUAGCAGUAUGAGCACCCAAUUGUCUGCAGCAGUGGGGAGUAUGAGAAAUAUGGGAGGACCAGGCAAUUUUGUAUCUCCAAGGAAAGACAUGAACCAAGACAAUUUCCGAGGAGUAAGAGCAUCCCAUGAUAAUAUGGAAGGAAUGAACCAACGCCAACCAAGGAUGAUGGGAGGCCCUCCAAAUGGACAUGGUGGCAAUAUGCCAGGGGGAAUGAAUAAUAGAAAUAUGCGACCCCAAAGUACUGAUCCUAGCAAAACUCUUAAUAUUCAGCCUCAACAUUUUGGAAAUAUGGGUCAGCCUCAGCAGAGACAUAAUGAUGAUAACUUCUACACAAAUAACGGCACUAAUGGUCCUGGAAACAUGAAUGGGGCUCCUGAUACCAGUGCUGAGAACAUUGAUUGGGGAUUAUAACUGAUUAAUUUUAUUUCA